AUGUCUUCCUGGUCCAGACCACUUCUGGUUCUCUCGCUGUUGCUAGCUCCAGCAUCGCUCGUGAGGGGAGACGCGUUCGGAGUCACAUUACAACUUCCCACCCGUAUGCCAGCAUGGGCUGAGCCCCUCUCGCCUCACCUGGCCAGUCUUAGCAUAGAGAUGGAUCGUUGGACAGACUGGGCGGGAGCAGAGAUUGGGCGUCCUAACGAUCUCACGCUCUCAAACCUCGCCCUUCUCUGGCAUGACCCAGACGCGCUGCUCAUCGUCAAUGAAGCCAUCGGAAAGGGUAACAACUCGUACGUUGCCGAACUCUCGGCAAGCAACGAUACACUCGCAGCGUAUGGAAUCUGGGAGGGUAACACGCUUCGCCGCGUGGUUGCUUUGAAUAGCAACGUCCACCUUGGUGACAGUACGGCAUCGUCUUUCAAUAUAACCUUGAACGAAGAAGGGGCAAAACGAGUGUCUUGGAUCAAGCGGCUUGCGGCACCAGCAACAACCGCAAGCUCUGGUGUCACCUGGGCUGGGCAAAGCUUUGAGACGCUUUCAGGGUUGCCGGAGGGCCAAGUGACACUCGAAGAGGUUGACAAUGGAAUGUUCGAGAUCCAACCUUCGACGGCGAUUCUUUUGGAAUUCGAGUGA